AUGGCUUCUUCUAUCAAAACUGGAGGGGCGUGGAGCACCAUGGAAGAUAAAAAAAUUCAUGCCGAAUUUUGUGAAAAAAUUCCAGGGUUGACUCGUACGGAAAUGACAUUGUCUAGUAGGUGGAAAAUUCUCAAUAAAGAGUUGGGAAAAUGGAGAGAUGUCUGGGCAAAAGCGAUGGACAACUAUAGAAGCGGGGAAAAUCGUACUAACGAGAUGAUUCAAGCACAGAUGUGGUUCGGUGCAACCGGGGGUGACAAAAAAAGUUUCAACCAUCAUGAAUGUUGGGAGGUGGUGAAAUAUUGCAAACGCUUCAUAAUUAUUCACACGGGUCCCACAGUUGUGUUAAACGAGACGUCACUCCGUGAUUCAACGACAUCGGAUUCACCUCUCAAUUCCCCUAUGAGUCAAGACUCACCUAUCGAAAAGGAGCCGAUGCACAUUGGCCGAAAGACUGCAAAGGCAUAG